UUCAACAACAUGGGUUCUGUUGGGAACCAGAAUCCCUGGACACCCUAUGAUACCUACAAAGAUUGUUCCCAACAAAUUUGCAGCAUUUAUUGUCCCCAGUGGUGCUACUUACUUUUCUCUCCUCCUCCUCCUCCCUUUACCCUUGGAGAUGAUGAUUCUGGAACUGAUUUCUCCCCUCUUAUUAUAGCAGUGAUUGGGAUCUUGGCCAGUGCUUUCAUCCUGGUAAGUUACUAUACCAUCAUUUCCAAGUAUUGCAGGAGAGGAAGCCAUGAUGAUAAUAGCUUGGAAUUGGGUGAAAAUCCUGAUCAAAUCUCUAAUCAAGCCUGGCAGGGUUCUGCAGCUGGGCUUGAUGAGGCUCUUAUCAAGUCAAUUACUGUAUGCAAAUUCAAGAGAGGUGAUGGGUUUGUUGAAGGCUCAGAUUGCUCUGUUUGUUUAAGUGAAUUUCAAGAAAAUGAAACCUUAAGGCUAUUGCCUAAGUGUAACCACGCAUUUCAUCUCCCUUGUAUUGAUACUUGGUUAAAGUCUCAUGCUAGUUGUCCUCUCUGCCGUGCCAAUAUUGCCCCCACCAACAUCCUCCCCAGCCAACCGCCGCCGCCGCCGCCGCCAAUUCAAGAAACUCCGCGCAGAACUGCCGUGUCUGCCCUUGAAUACCAGCACCGGACUAAUGAUGCUGUUCUAGUGAUUCAAGAUUUACAAGGAGGCGUUCGAGAAGAAUCUGUGGUGAGUCUUGUAGUUGACGAUACACAACCAAAGCCUACAUUUCAUGAGCUUAAUGUGAGACAAGAACCAGAAGACUUAAUUGAAAUCACAGAAGAAGCCAUCCUACCAAUUAGAAGGUCAGUUUCUUUGAAUUCUUCCCUCUGCCAUGAUCAAGUUUCGAUUGCUGAUAUACUAAGCAUAAUCGAGGAUGAAGAUGGUGAUUAUUACAGAAUGAGAGAUAUAGACAAUGAUAGAAUUGGGGUGUUGAAUUUGAUCAGAAGUCCUCCUGCAAUUAGGAGAUCAACUUCAACAGGAAGAUUGAUGUUCACAAGGUAUGAGAAAGGCAGGAGUUCUAUGACUCCUAAUUGAUCAGCAUAAUAUUUUUUCCUCUUUUUUUUUGCCAUGAUCGAAAUUCAGAGCAAAAAUCUCACAGCAGCUCUGGAGACGAUUUAAUGUAUAAAAACAAAUAUUUUCUUUUUUUUGUGUAACAUAGAAAGCACACCAUAAUAGAGAUGUUGCAUGCACAAUAUGGCAGUGGAGAUGAUGAGGCCUGGACUUUGUUCCUGACCUUUGAUCAGUGAGGUCUAUUCUACAUUCUUGAAAUAGAAAAUCAUGAAACUUUGAUA